AUGCCUUCGAGUGCCAAAAUCCCGAGAUCAUUAGCAUGUGCUCGAUGCUUUCGUCUCAAGCGCAGAUGUGACCAUGCAAAGCCCACAUGUGGAGAGUGCAAACGCAGAGGAACCGAAUGUCUUCCUGUGAAAUCAAGCAAGGAUGGCGAAAAUAUCACAGUUUCCUUGAAUUAUUUAAAGAGCCUUGAAGCCAGAAUAGCCGAAUUGGAGGGACCACGGGAUAAUGCAUCUAGAACAUCUCUGCAGGUACGGGAUAUCGGUGUGCAGACAGACCAAGAUAAUGUCGCUACUGCCGAUCCUCCGCAUAACCACACGAGUACGACUAAUGAUAUUGAUAUAUCCGGGGUUGACACUGCGAUCAUGAAAAUGGCCACACAUGAGAACCACCCGACUCUGGAAUCUUGCUCGUUCUUUCCGUUUGGCUCGACCCAUACCCCGGCUCCUGGAGCUGACACCAUUCUCGCUGACAAUGAACAAUCUGAACCUCUUACCCAUCUCAAUGGUCAACCACUUUUGCUAGAGGAAGUCUACACUAACCUCUACUUCACAAUCACGCAUUGGGUGUGGCCAUUUCUUGACAGCAGUGCGUGGAGAAUGUGGUAUCACGAAUGGACAACCGAGAAAGAGACUGAGCAAUGGAAAGGAUUUUUCAUAUUGAUGGUCCAUGCCAUUGGGGCUUUGUUGCAUAACGGACUCCAUCCUGACCAGGGCUAUGCGACACGUGCAGCAGACCUCUACACUUCUGCAAUGACUUAUUACCCUUAUGUCAUGGGCCAUUCCUCCGCCAUUCUUCAGAUUAAAGCGUCGAUCCUGAUGAUACUAUACUCUCUUCAUUGUCCCUCGUCAGAAGAGAUCGCCGUUACCGUCUCUUCGAUCGUUCCUUUCUGCGCUGCCACAAUGUCUGAAUUACGGAAGCAGUCUUCUGAUGUCGGAGAUGGGACUGACUAUCGAGAUGAAACCGGAGAGGCAAUAGGUGAAACUCUCACUGAGCCCUUGUUUAUCACUUGCUAUAUGUUAAACGAGAUUAUUGUUUCUGGAUGGGAUAGACCGGUCUCGGCGGCUUACAGGGCCAUAGACGACGAUAUGUAUACAUUGAGCAACGAAAUGCCUUGCUCCUCAAGUACAAACAGUGCCCUGAGACACCUGUUCAGUUUGCGCAAAAUCCAGGCUCAGAUUCGUCGACAACGAGAUAGAUCACCACAAGGCCAAGACGCCGGUGACUCGCUCCUGAAGUCAGCGCUUGAUACGUGGAAAACGGAUAUACCCCGAUACGGUAUAGAGGACAGCCCGAGUACCUACCUUCAUCCGCUGUGGAUGACAAGCCUUUACGGUUAUAGUGUGAUUAUCCUGAUGCAAGAAAAGCGACACCGCCUGCAGCAUGAGGAUUUUGAGGAUGUUCUUUCUGCCUGCGUCGAGGUCUGCAUCAAUUUUAAAUGUCUUCUGGAAGAAGGCCAGGUGAUGUGUUAUACAUGGUCCGCGCUUGUUUUCCAAUUCAUGGCGGGCAUCAUGCUUCUAUAUGCGUUUUGGGUUGACUAUCGUGAGGACAUACCAAAGCGACAGGCUUUCGAUGCAUUAUGUACUUGUGCAAGUACGCUAUCUCACUUUGCUCAACGUUGGGAUGACGCAACGUCCUAUAUCAAGGUGUUCAACUUCAUCCUUCGCGAAGCCACGUGGGUUCCGGAAGAUCUAAGGGGGCAGUUGAACUCUGACUGUACUCGUGAGGAAUUCGAAUAUUGCUUGAAGCAAUUAAAGAAGCAAUACUUGCACAAGGGUGUUCUGAGUAUGAUUGAAGAUAUGACAUGA